AGUCUGGGAAAAUCGAAGUCCAGGGCUGGGUCUGCAACGCUGGCCAUAGGUUUUCCCAGACUUAUACUCCGAGCAGCCGAAGAGCUGCUGCUGCAGCCGCAGCCGGAUCCCCUUCUUCGGGGGCGGGGCUGAGCCCCCCGGAAACGCCCGGCUGCCCCGCCCUCCUUCCGCUUCCCUCUCGCCGUUGCUAGGCUACCGGGAUCCUCGCCGAAAGCUGUGGCGGGUGAGCGUGGUGAGCGUCCACUCCGCCUGGUGCGCGGCCGGGCCUCCGAACGUGUGGUGCCGGUGCUUCCUGGGUCUUCUGUCGCUCCGGGAGCUGCGCCCACCCCUGCUGCCCAGGGCGGACCGGGCUGCGGGACCCUCGCACCCUUAGCUCUCUCCUCCAAGGAAAUCUGUGUCCGCCCCCACCCGCGACCCCUCAGGAAACUGCCCUUCCCUCCUCCCGUGGCCAGGAAGCUCUGAACCUCGGAAUUCGGCUUUCAAGGCCCACUUCUCCCGACCCCUGACCCUUGUUUUCCACCUAUUCCGAGACGACACCUCCCCUCCCCCCGUUUCUUUCUUUUCCUGCGGCGUCGUGGUGGCUCUUCCCUCCUCAGGGAGAGGGAAGCAUGGGGCCGGCGAGAGGCUUGGCGCCUCCGGAAGAGAAGGCAGGAAGACGUGUCGCCCUCUCGAACACAGUUUCUCCGGUGUAAUUGGCUGCCCUUUUUGGAAAUUGGGCCCUGGUUGCGGUUGGAUGCCGGCGUCGCUGACGAGUCUUCAGCAUACCAUGCAGAAGUAACAUGUUCCCAGCGUUGGACACAGAGCUCAAGCAGGAGGUGCUUCCUGAUCCCUAUGAAGAUUUUAUGUACCAUCACCUCCAGUACUAUGGUUACUUUAAAGCUCAGAGAGGCAAUUUACCAAACUCUGCAACACACCAGCGUCUCUGGAAGAGUAACUCUCGAUUCCUGUUGAAUGGCUCUUUUGGGGAAAGAGAUGAUUUGAUACCAGACCCCCUGCAAAAGGAGAAGCUUCUUUGGCCUACCUGCUUGUCUUCAACUGUGCACAGACAGCUAGAAGCUGUGAACAGAGAUUCGCUUAUGUGGAAUUCACCACUUCUUAGGAGCAGACAGCUUCUUUAUGAUGACUUGGGUGACAUAAACCCACGUCUUCGAGAACCCCGAGAUCUCUUUGCACUCUUUUCUAGCAGUGGGCCACUGCUGGCUCCAAGAUGGCCAAUAGAAUGUGAGGUCAUCAAAGAAAAUGUUCGUCAUAUUGAGUGGGUUCCACCUCAACCGGAAUAUUUCUAUCAAUCUACAGGGAAUGAAAAGGUACCAGAAAUUGUAGGAGAGGAAAAAGGCACAGUCGUCUAUCAGUUAGAUUCAGUGCCCACUGAAGGUUCCUAUUUCACCUGCUCCAGAGUGGGAGGCAAACGAGGAAUUAUCAAGGACCUCGCUGUCACGUUGCAAGGACCAGAUGACAACACUCUGCUGUUUGAAUCAAGAUUUGAGAGUGGGAAUCUGCAAAAAGCUGUCAGAAUAGAUACCUAUGAGUAUGAGCUUACCUUGCGAACUGACCUCUACACAAACAAACACACUCAGUGGUUUUAUUUUCGAGUUCAAAACACCAGAAAGGAUGUCACCUAUCGAUUCACCAUCGUCAACUUGCUAAAGCCGAAGAGCCUUUACACUACAGGGAUGAAGCCACUCAUGUACUCCCAGUUGGAUGCCGACACCCACAACAUUGGCUGGAGAAGAGUGGGAAAUGAAAUCAAGUACUAUAAGAACAACACAGAUGACAAGCAGCAGCCGUUUUAUUGUCUCACGUGGACCAUUCAGUUUCCACACGACCAGGACACUUGCUUCUUUGCACACUUCUACCCAUAUACAUACACUGACUUGCAAUGCUACCUCCUGUCAGUGGCAAACAACCCCGUCCAAUCCCAGUUCUGUAAGCUCCGUGCUUUAUGCAGAAGCCUGGCAGGAAACACUGUCUACCUUCUCACCAUCACCAACCCAUCCCAAAGCCCUCAAGAGGCAGCUGCAAAGAAAGCUGUGGUCUUCAGUGCAAGAGUCCACCCAGGGGAAAGUAAUGGUUCUUGGAUUAUGAAAGGCUUUUUGGACUUCAUCCUUAGCAACUCCCCAGAUGCCCAGCUCCUCAGAGACAUCUUUGUCUUCAAGGUGGUACCCAUGUUAAAUCCAGAUGGAGUAAUUGUGGGGAAUUAUCGGUGUUCAUUGGCUGGAAGGGACUUGAACAGGCAUUAUAAGACCAUUCUGAAGGAGUCUUUCCCUUGCAUCUGGUACACCAAGAACAUGAUAAAGAGACUUCUUGAAGAAAGGGAAGUUCUCUUGUAUUGUGAUUUCCAUGGCCAUAGCCGUAAGAAUAACAUCUUCGUGUAUGGCUGUAAUAACAACCAUCGCAAGUACUGGCUUCAUGAGCGGGUCUUUCCUUUAAUGUUAAGCAAAAAUGCACCAGAUAAGUUCUCUUUUCAUAGUUGUAAUUUUAAGGUCCAAAAGUGCAGAGAAGGAACAGGACGAGUUGUUAUGUGGCGGAUGGGAAUCCUAAACAGUUACACCAUGGAGUCUACCUUCGGCGGGUCCACCCUAGGCAGUAAAAGAGACACCCACUUUACUAUUGAGGAUCUGAAAUGCCUAGGCUAUCAUGUCUGUGACACCCUUCUGGAUUUCUGUGACCCUGACCAAACCAAGUUCACACAGUGUCUAGCAGAGCUUAAAGAGCUCUUACAACAGGAAAUUCAUAAGAAGUUCAAUGAACUUGGACAAGAUGUGGAUUUAGAAGGAAGUUGGAGUGACAUCUCUUUGUCUGACAUUGAAUCCAGCACCAGUGGGUCUGACAGCUCCCUCUCAGACGGUCUCCCCAUUCACCUACUGAACAUAGCAGAUGAGUUGAAACAGAAGAAGAAGAUGUAUAAGAAGAAGAAAAAGAAGCAGCUCCAGACUAGGAAACAGCGAAAUGAGCAGUAUCAGAGAAAUAAUUUGAUGCGAGAGUUAAAGUUAACCGAAGAUGCCUCGGAAAGGGCAGGAUUUGCUUCUACUCCACAAAAGCAGCCUACCUUUUUCAAAAAUUCAGAGAAUCCUAGUUAUACAACAAUGAAAAAUGACAAGCCAAGACUUAAUGAGACACGGGUAAGUGCAAGAGAAAAAGACACCUCCCUGGAUCCAUCAGAAAUGACCACCCUAAUUCUGACUAAGAAUAAAGAGAGACUACAGAGCAGGAAGCCGGGCUUUACAGAAUCAUGCUCUCCAAAAACAAGCACAAAGACAAGCCAAGAGCCAGCUCCAGGUAUGAAGCCAGACUGGUCCAGGAGCAGAUACCCUGUGGCGAAGAGAAGCCGUGCUGCCAUGCCAACAUACCCGUCCUUGCAUGUAUACACCUACCCAUAGACAGGCCUGGGCUGCACCAUGCACAGGCUCUUCCUAGGGGGUGUUUUGAGUUACAUAUGCUGUAGGACUGGGUACUGCGUCCAUUUGGGGGACACUGUGUCGUGCGUUCAUCAGUCAGUCACAUUACCUUUGUGCUUACACUGUGCGCACGCCCUCAAGAUGCAUACAUCAUGAAUUAGUUUCUCAUAAGGUGAAAUUUUAUUAUGAUGUAUAGAAAGGCUUCCUUUAUUAGAAACUCCAGUGUGUGCUCGUGGAACUACAGCACAGAUAUACCUCAUUUUAACCAAUCAAUAUUCUUCCUAAAAUUAUGUGCAGAUGAAUUUCAAAAGAUCGCUAUUUUAAACAUAUUUUGGGAGAGUACUGUAUAAAAAAAGUCUUGUGUCAAAACCUUCUAGUGAUGAUGACCAGCCAGACAUCUGUAUAUCAGGUUCACUCAAAGUGAGGUAUUCCCACAUAGAGAAAAUUCUCAUAUUACCCGGAAUUUAAUGUUGCGUUUAUUAUGUUCAACAUGGUUUUGUAAAUUUUCUAACCCAUGUAUUAAAAUUUUUUCUCUCUAACCAGUUGUUUAUUUAGAUUGGUUAACUGCAUCGUCUUAUGUGAACAGAUGUUUUCUUUCAGCUGUUUGUUUUCAGUAACCUCUCACAAGCACUUAGCACAGCCUGCUGGCUGCCGCAUGUCAUGUCAACAGGGUAGAGUUGUGUUAAAGGUCACCCUAGCCUAUGCCAGCUCUCCGUUUUGACUUUACCUUUUUCCUGUCACAUUGGAUUGAAAGUUUGCUAGCAUGCUUUUCAUUAUCACUUUUAAACUCUUUCGGCUACCACCACCACCUGAGUGGUUAGUAUUAGAACCACAUUAAAAAAGAAACAGUUGCCGUCAACUUGAUUCC